AUGCCCAUGAGGAGGAUCCUCGCGCCAACCCGCCGGCACUUCCCCUUGGCCGACAAAGUCGACAUGCACCUAUCCUCUACCUCCUAUUUCCCGAAAUAUAAUGGCUACAUAAGGAAGCCGUCGGCAGGCCUUGACAACCAGCGGUUAUGGAAGAGGAGUUUCAGCUCCACGUCAGGACUAUAUGCGCUACAAGGGGUUGGGCAGGCAAAGGCUGUUGGGCUUAAUCAUACCCAGAUAAUUGAUCACCGAUAUGACGCCCUUGUUGUUGGUGCAGGAGGAGCAGGUCUUAUGGCGGCCGUUGGCUUGGCGGAAAGUGGACUGGAAACCGCCUCUGCUCAAGGCGGUAUCAAUGCUGCCCUUGGCAAUAUGACAGAGGACGACUGGAGAUGGCAUAUGUAUGAUACGGUUAAAGGCUCAGACUGGCUAGGGGAUCAGGAUGCAAUUCAUUACAUGUGCAAGGAAGCCUCGAAAACCGUUUUAGAGUUGGAAGGAUAUGGGAUGCCAUUUUCCCGGACUGCAGAGGGCAAGAUUUAUCAGCGUCCUAUUGGAGGACAAUCCUUGAAAUACGGUUCUGGCGGCCAAGCCUAUCGAACUGCGUGUGCAGCUGAUCGUACCGGACAUGCGAUGCUGCAUGCCUUGUAUGGCCAAUCUUUAAAGCAUGAUUGCAAAUUUUUCAUUGAGUUCUUCGCCUUAGACCUGAUGAUGGUCGAUGGCCGGUGCGUCGGUGUAACUGCACUUGACAUGGAAACCGGCACGCUUCACCGUCUGUUCAGCAGGAACACAAUCAUAGCGACUGGUGGAUACGGCCGCGCCUAUUUCUCCUGCACGUCCGCACAUACUAGCACGGGUGACGGGUGCGCCAUGGCAUCUAGAGCUGGCCUUCCUCUUCAAGACAUGGAAUUUGUUCAGUUUCACCCUAGCGGAAUAUACAGCGCAGGUGUGCUGAUUACCGAAGGUGCACGUGGAGAAGGAGGCUACCUACUUAACUCUGAAGGAGAGAGAUUCAUGGAACGAUACGCGCCAACCGCCAAGGACCUUGCUAGCCGAGACGUGGUGGCCCGAUCCAUGAACAUGGAGAUCAGAGAGGGAAGGGGUGUUGGUCCACACAAGGAUCAUAUUUACUUGCAACUAUCCCAUCUUCCCAAGGAACUGAUCCUAGAACGGCUUCCUGGAAUUGCAGAAACGGCCUCUAUCUUCGCGGGCAUUGACAUUACCCGGCAACCGAUUCCCGUACUUCCCACCGUCCAUUAUUGUAUGGGCGGUAUCCCAACCAACUACAAGGGCCAAGUCCUAAACGUUGAUCUUGCAACCGGAAAAGAGACACCUGUCCCCGGACUUUAUGCAGCUGGAGAGGCUGCAUGUGUGAGCGUACAUGGCGCAAAUAGACUAGGAGCCAACUCCCUGCUCGACAUUGCCGUGUUUGGUCGUGCAAGUGCCACUCAUAUUGCAGAAAACAACGAAAAUGGAAUGCCGCACAGCUCCGUUCCAAGGGAUAUCGGUAUGCCAUCAUUCCAAGACAUGGAACGACUCCGCACAUCAGACGGAAGCAAAUUAACUGCCGAGCUGCGCUUGGACAUGCAAAAGGCCAUGCAGUCUGACGUCGCGGUGUUUCGAACAGAAGACUCGCUCACGGCUGGUGUCUCUAAAGUACAGCAGGUUGAGCACUCAUUCAAACAUGAUGUUUGCGUAAAGGACAAAUCACUAAUCUGGAAUUCUGAUUUGAUUGAGACCUUGGAGAUGAGGAAUCUUCUCACGUGUGCUGCUCAGACGGCUAAAAGCGCUUUGGACAGGAAAGAGAGCAGAGGUAGCCAUGCUCGUGAAGACUUCCCUGAUCGAGAUGAUGUGCGGUUAUUAAAACACAGCCUCUCGUGGCAGACGGAGGAGACGGAGCCGGUUAAGGUGGGUUAUCGGGAUGUUAUUUUUGCGACGUUGGAUGAGACAGAUUGCCCAAGCGUGGCACCAAAGAAAAGGACAUAUUAA